GAGAGACGCUGCGCGCGCUCACAGAAGCAGCAAUUCAAGUGGCAGCGCGGAUAAUAGGAAGGCAGCACGGGUAAGAGGAAAGUAGCAGCACGGGUUAGAGGAAGGGGGCACGGGUAAGAGGAAGGGGGCACGGGUAAGAGGAAGGGGGCUCCUGGUCCCAGGUUGCGCAUCGAAUCAACGCCACCCGCGAUGUCCCCGAGCGGAACCGCAGCCGCGUUCCUCGCGCUACUCGUGCUCGGAGCACACGUGACCCAGGCGGUGUACGUGAUCCGCCGCGGGGCCUGCCGCUGCCAGCGCGCCCCGAGGGCCGUGUUCCCCAACGAGCUGCGCUUGGUCGAGCGCAGACGCCUCGCGCCGCACUGCGACCUCGAGGUCAUGGUGAGCACCACCGUGGUGUCACGCUUCAAGGGCCACACGUUUUGCCUCCAGCCGGCGCUUGCGUCGACGCGGGCGCUGCUCAAGGCGUGGGGCCGCGUGCAGGAGGAGCGGCGCGCGCGCCACGCCCGCUGGCAGGCGCGAUGGAGGCGGACACACAAGAUGUACUACCAGUGAGCGAGCCAGCCGGCUGGGGCGGGUGCUCAUGGAUGAACGACGGCUCGGGGCUCGCUCGGCCCCUCGCUGUCGGUAGAGAAGAGAUACGCCGGGGCACACGACCGGAGAGUUGAAAAAAUGUACCCUCCGUGACAAUGGAACGGACCACAACUCCUCAAGGUGUCCCGAGUCCCGUGUUGAGCAUCGACGUUCGCUCGCUUGGCGUUGGGUCGAACCAUUAUGUCUGUAGGGGUGUUUUAUUUGCGUUGCUGGAAGUCGCUAACAAUCGCCUUUUACACUUCCCUUACCCCGGCCUUCGUUGUCCGCUCCACAAAUUCGUUCUUUGUGUGUUAAAUUUUUUUUUAUAUAUGCACACGUAAUGUAAACACAUUGUAUUGCUUUGUAUGCAGUAUAUAUUUUAAAACUGUCUGUGUGGUCUAUUCAUUAUUCAUAUUUGCUGCAUUAUUUAAGAAUCGCAUCGGCCGAGUGUUGUGCGCGCAGAGCCUUAGCCCGGCCGCAUCAAUUGGCUUGCACAGUGAACGCUCAAAACGUCAUUUAAACAGAGGAACGAUUUCCUCUGCGCAUCAAUACUGCCGGGGUUUGUUUGUGGCGAUUAAGUGAAACUAAUUAUACACACACACACACACUGUCACACACAUCGAUGAGCGCACGCCGAUACGCACGCACACACUGACACACAAAAGCAGAAAAAAAGACACACACAUAGAUGCACAAACACACUGACACACAGAUAAGACAAAAAUCCCCCGGCACUAAACUACGACACUUAUUAUUUUACCAAGUAAGGCCCACUGAGCUAUAUAGCUCUUUUUCAGAAGCGACCUGGCCACACAUAUUAGAAUUCACUCGUCUGCAAUUGUUUAGACGUCGUCUGCUUCACAAAUGAAAUAUGUUGUUUAUUAUGGAUUUUGAUGUGCUGAAUUCAAAUAUGACAAUUAAAACAAUUGAUUGGCUACUGCUCACAGGAUAUUUAUGUUUUUACAUUUUACGUCUUGUAUAUUGUGUAGAUAGUGUCUUACGCAUAAAUUGUAAACCUUUUCACGUGUUUAUGGUUGCUUUACAUGAUAACAUGUCACCUGUCCUGUUCAUGUAACACUUUAAAAUCAGCAAAAGGGUUAUAUAAAUAAAAUGUAUUAUGAAACAAAAGGC